UUUAUUGUCAUGAGCUUCAGUUUCAGACGCACAUAUGGCGGCACAGAGACAACACGCUCUUGUCAUUCUGGCUUUAUGCUGCGUUAAAUUGGGGUUUUCACAGAGUUUAAAUCAUCAUACAGAAAUAUAUGAUUAUUAUUCAGAAAGUGAAGCUGAAGCGCAGGUCGAUGAGAGUUCUGAAGUUCUGAAGUCUAAUCUGCCUGUUUACUGUUAUAAUCAAACUCUUAAAGUGAUUUUACCCUCUGGUUUAAUAAGUAAAGUGCAGAUUUUGGGUUUCUCAGUCAUUGAAUCUGUGGUUGAAGCUCCAGAGUCCUGUGGAUACUGUCUGACACAAGGCUCUGAUCACAAUAUAUUGCAUGUCGACUACACUGGCUGUCAUGUCACCUUGGAGGAUGGCCGGUAUACUCUAACGGUGCUCUAUCCUAAUGAAGAUGGACUGCUGGAUGUUGCUACUUUGUCUUGUGAAGCAUCUCCAAAAAGCAGUUUGCAGUCAGAUCAGAUGUCGAAGUGUGCAAAAUUACACCCCGGUCCUGCUCCUCGUAGCCCCCAGCAACCGCCAGCACCAAUAGAACCGGCACCUGCCCGGUCAGCACCACCCAGACAAGUCCUACUGCCAUUGGACAUCACACCAGGAGGGUGCAGUGUUUCUGUGGAUCAGAGGGUGACGUGUAGCACCUCCCAAAUAACUUCAGAUGAGUGCCUGGAUACAGGAUGCUGCUUUGAUGCCUUGACCGCUGUCUGCUACUAUCCAAUGGAUGAAUGCACAGCCGACAAGAAUUUUGUGUUUGCUGUCCACGCUGAUUUCGCAAACGUCCCCGUGAACCCCAUGAGCUUGAUGGUGUCUGGGAAGACCGGUUGUAAACCUAUUAUUUCAAAUGAGGACUUUGCCAUCUUCAAAUUUUCUGUCACAGAGUGUGGAGCACACUCUUUUGUCAUAGGUGACACGACCAUUUACAUGGUUGAGGUACACACCAUCACCAGAGCCCGCAACCUGAAGUAUGGCAUGAUCACCAGGGAUAAUCCCAUCAGACUGGUUGUUGAAUGCCGCUACUCAAAGGUUUCCGCCACCUCUGUGCUUGCCAGUGCUGGAUACAUGGUUAUGAGUCCAAGUCUUCCUCCUCAUCUGCUCUCUAAAGGACUGUUUGGAGUUCAGCUUUUAAUUUCUGAAGAUGAGACCUUCACCAAGUUUUAUUCACAUCAUCAUCAGCCUCUCAGUGCUCUGUUGGGAAAACCUGUCUAUCUGGAGCUGCGUCUGAAGUCUCCCAAACCUCAAGCUACUUUAGUGGUGCAAUACUGUAUGGCUUAUCCACGCUCGGCUAAACGCCCUUUGGUUCUGCUUUUUGAGGGAUGCCCUAACCCCCUGAAUAGUAGCAACACCUCCAUUCUUUAUAUGAAAGAUUUGCCUCAGAAUCAGCACCAGCGUCGCUUUGAGAUUAAAGCUUUCCAGUUCAUGGACCUGUCCAGCAAUAAGUAUCUCAAUGAGGAGAUUUACUUCAUGUGCUCGAGUGAAGUGUGCAUGCCCUCUGGAUCACCUUGUGUGGAAACCUGUUUUGAUGGAAAGUCUCCGUGAAUAAGAACUUGGUUUACAUCUGAAGUGCAUAAAUC